CCUAAGCAUAAAAGAGUAGUUGGGGAUGGCGCGAAAGACCACAAAAGUUAGUUAUUUUGGGAGAUGAAAUUUCCGACGCUGCCGCUAUGCCUUCCAUCACUAUUUGUCCACACAACCCUCACUUCCCCAACAUUUUCCAUUUCAUUUUCUUCCUCCAUUUUCGCACAUUCUCAAUAACCAAUUUAAAAAUCAAUUCAAAAGCUAAAUUUAAAACCAAAAUUCUUGCGAUCUUUUUGAGCCAAUCCACGUUUCAAUUUUAUCAGAUUGGGGCGGGGAAAAAGGGGGAGCUGGGAAUCGCCGGUGCCGCUUCCGGCAGGUGGAUUUUAGCGGCUGGAAUUGGGGCCUCUUUCGGGGAUAGAAGGCCUGGUCUGGGAUUCAGGUAAGUGUCUUCACGGUGGUUUUGGGUUGAUGAUUGUGAUGAUAUUCUUGGGUUUAGCUGAUAUGUAUUGAAAAUGAAGAAACAAAUUUAGAGAGAAUGAAUGAAAUUAAGCAGAGGAAUGCCCAAUUUGAAAUGAAGGCAAGUGGAUUUCUUCUAGAAAGUUCCCGCUUAAGGAAUAUUGGACUUGAAAGGGAAGGGGAAAGGGAUCUUCCACAGCAUUUAUGAGAUUUGUGAAGGGAUUUUUAUCAAUUAUUUGUUAUGAUUUUCAAAUAGUCAUCUAUAUGUUUGUUUGUUUUGCUCUGAGAAAAUUGUAUAGAUCUGUGUGGAAAUGGGAAGCCGGGUGUUGGCAAAUCAGGCAUAUAAUAUGCGCAUGAGACAGUGCAUGGUCUAUGGGGGAAAGGUAUUGAAUUAAUUGUACUGGAUUAACAUAUCAAGUCUGAAGGCAGCAACAAGUGGUUUGCAAGCUGUGUAUUCUUGCUAAAAUAAGUUUGCUUCUCAAGGAAGAGAUGGAAAACCUCAUUUAGACUGGCAUUCUAGGGAGAAAUUUUUAUGCAUAAAGUAGGUAGUGGACCUAGUCGUGCCUUUCAUGCACUGAUCUUAUAUAGUUGGAGUUUACAACUACCUACUGCUAGGUUUCUCUCUCCCAAUUCAUGAAAGAAUUGUAUGUCUUUUCAAUUAGAUAUUGCCAUAUUGUUGGAGCAUUACCUUCCCAUAUGAGGAGAGCUGCCAAAUUAAGAUUGUUUUUAAGGUUUUUUGUUUCAUUUUGUUGAUUGGCCAACAUUCCCCCCAAUCUUAGGCUGUUCCUGCAUGUAUGCAUUCUGUGUAUUGAAGAAUUAUAAUGUCUUUCCUCAGUCAAGAUUCAAGGAUCAAUAUUCACACACGGGAAUCUAAAUACACACUUUAAAUUUUAAAUCUCAUUUAUGUUCCUUUUUUUUCUUACAUUUCAAGCCUGGAUUCCAUCAAUAUCUUCAGCUAGCUAUGGACCUGGAACAUGGGAGCGGAAGCAGCAAGCAUUCAAGAACACAUCCAGAGUCUACUGUCAAUGAAGCUGAUCCAUUUGCCCCUGCUGCCAUAAAGUUAGGGUCACAAUUUUCUACAUCUUCAUCUUCAUCAAUCUCUUCAUCGGCAGAUCUCUUCCAAGUGGAUACGAAUUUAGUGACUCCUAGCAAAACUAAAAGUGAUAAGGAUGCGCAACUAGAACUAAAAGAUGAAAAUGAUACAGGGUUUCCUGGUCCUGCAUCACCAUCACAGGUUUCUGAUCUCAGACAAGAGACUUCAUUUCACUGCAUGUCACCCACGCAAUCCCCCCCAGUCCAAUCGAUGGAAAGGUCAGGAGAUGAUGAACCGUAUAGGAUUCCAUCUUCUGUGUUUGCCAGAAGUCAAUCAACAACUCCAUUGGAAUGGAGUGUUGCUUCCAACGAGUCACUGUUCAGCAUCCAUGUAGGGAACAGUAGUUUCUCCAGAGAGCAUAUUUUCAUGUUGGGUGGAGAUCAUACCAAGUCUGGAGAACUAACCAAGUCUGGAGAGUUGAUUGUGUUCAGCUCGUCUCCACCAGCUCGGUUAGGGGAUAAUGUCAGUAAGAGUGUAGAUACUGGAAAGGACUUAGAAAUGACUGCAAUAGCAAAUGAGCCCAUCAAGGAUGAUGUACCCAUCAAGGAUAAUGUGCCAGUGCCACCAACUUCAGCUGAUCAAAAUGUUGAAAAGAUAGCUCGACCAGAGGUGCCUUUUAAUUCUAGCAGCGUGCGCCGUUCUGAUGCGAGUGCAACCAGCUCACGCUCUUUUGCAUUUCCAAUAAAGAAGAAGUGUGCAUGGCCAAGAUGCUACUGUUCUAAUUGUAGCUGGGCGUUCUGCUACCUUUGGAACUGUAGUGGACACUGUUGUUUUUCGUCCCCCAUUUUGACAGAAGAGGAAAGAAAUGUUUCAAUCAAGGAGCAACCUGAGAAACAGCUUUCACAGAAGCAACUGCAACCGAGAGCCACUGAAGCGACUUCAAGUGAUGCUGCUAGCAGCAUUUGGUUGAGUUGUGCUUGUUGUCCAUACAAAUGCUGUUGAGAGAGUGAAUGCUAGAAACCUCUUAGGCCACCUCUUCAAGAUGCCUACCUGCCCUGCCCCUUUGGGUUUCACUGGAACUGACGAAAAUCACAGGUUGUUGCAAAAUGCAAAGGCUCAUUGUUUGCAGUCAUCCUUUCCCUCUUCUCAAUCAAAAGGGCGGUUCUCCAUCUUGUCCUGGGUUGAGGUCUGUUUUUUUCCCACAUUUGUUAAUUGCCUAUUCCUUUUGGCUAUGUUUGAUUCCCGGGUAAAAGGAAAGAGAAAGUGAAGGAAAAUAAAAAAUGGAUUUAAAAUAAAUAAAUUAUUUUUAUAUACCAUUUCAAUUUUUUUUAUUUAUUUAACUCUUCUUUAUAAAGAUUAAAUAAUUUAAAAAUAUACAAAUCUCUUAAUAAUUUUAAUUAUAUUUAAUUUUCUUUCGUAUUUUUUAUAAGAAAACCAAACAUAAGAAAAUCAUUUUCCUCAACAUUUUUUUUCUUUCCCUAAUAUUUUCUGGGAACCAAACAUAGCCUUUAGCAUCAUCAAAAAAAGAAAGAUGCCAAGGGUGGCAACGGUUGAGGAAUCUCCACACUUACAUCAACAUGAUGUAGGACAAAGUUAGGAGAACAAAGCUGUAGAUGAUUCCGAUUGUAUUGUUUACCUGUACCUGAUAUUUCACUCCAUUUUUUAUCUCUGAUAGUGCUGUAAAUUUGAAUAUGAUGACACCAUACCCUAGUUGUAUUAGAAUUCUUCCUUGAAUCCGUUUUUGUCGCAUACUUUUUCUGUUGA